AUGAACAUUAAUUAUGGACCACGAGGAAGUAAGCAAGAUGGCGAUAUAGAUGCAACUGUAAGAUAUGUUCUGUUAGAGAUUAUUAAAGAAAGCGUAGAUAACAAUGUUAUAGACAACAUUAUAGGUAUGUUGAGCAAGCGGAAUUCAGAGUAUGCAUUGUUUCCACGACAUCAUCAAUAUUGUCAUUGGAAUGAUGCAGCGUAACGCUUCACCAGCGGAGGAGAAACCACUUUACGUCAAACAAACUAAAAUAUUGUGUAUAGAUUUGUAUACAAAUGGCAGACUUCAAUGUUUAUUUGCACUUUCGAGAGAUGGGUUGUUUUCACGUAAGUGACAUUCAGAUACGAAACAACGCAUUCUGAAUAGCAUGACAUGAAAGCAAAAUAUUACAUUUCUCAAAAGAUUAACGUUGAAAUGAGCAAUUUGCAUAGCAAGUUAAGUUGAUUUAUUGCGGUUUUAACAGGUAUGCACGUACAGAAAUGAACUAUUCUUAUGCAAACUAGCUAGUCUGUUAGAACCACGAGUGCCAGUUACGGGCCGUUGCAGUGUUCACUGACUUCGUAUCCGUGUUGCAUUGCCAUUAAAUAUUGAAUCACACCAUAUAGUCACACCUAUCGUAUAGUUUCCAAUUCGACCAUAUCGUCGAGUGACUCCAUACGAUACGACCAAACAUAACAUAAAAACAUAUUUAUCACGCUUUAAUUGUUCACGCAUUGUUGGUUUCCUUCGAUGUAAAAGAGGACUGUUCUUAUUGGUGGUUUGAUGUUAAUUAAGUAUAGGUUAUUUUGAGGCAACGAGGGGAUAUGUGAUUUAUUCACGUAAUGAUAAACACAUAUCCCCGAGGUGCCUCAAAAUAACGUACUUAUUUUUCACACUGCGAGGUCGCAUUAAUGAUCGAGUAAGAAUAGAAAUAAUUCUUAAUGUCAUAUUGCCUUCGCUAUGUUGUUUUUUUCUCAUUUUUUUUGUGAUGCUAAGACAUUGCAGGUGAAUAUUAGAGGGGAUUAUUAAUUGCAGGUGAAUAUUAGAAGGGAUUAUUAAACGGAAAUUGAUUAGAGGGGAAUAUUGAAUAUAUUCCCCGAUAAGAACAAAGGAAACCGAGCAGGGUGAAAAAUAAGUCAUAUUACCCAAGAAUAUUACCCAGCGACUUGGAGCCGCCUCGUCCGAUUAGGGCACGGCGCAUUGCUCAGUUGCAGUACACAAAAUAUUUCGCGGACAGUUUAUUGCCGAGGAAAGAUUCACAACCACGAUGAAUCGGUCGAUAUUUGUGGUGUUUCUUUUGGUACUUGUUGUAGCUGACUUGAGGUAGGUUGUUUUGUUGUGAUUUCGUAAUUGCCAAUGAAUCAUUUAUUUGUCGAGUCUCGCUUCGGCAAUAUUUGAGUCGAGUCAAUUUUCAUUAUUUCCGCAUUGAUCUCUUCUUAGGUCUCUUCUCAAUUCUACAAAGCGUGCUCUUGCUGUGUUCUUGAGCAAUCUUUAAUUAAGCGCAGAUGAAACACCAGUAUAUAGAACUUAAUUUUUUCAUAUUAAUCUAAAUUAGGUGGGGUUUUAGUUGUUGAAUGCCGCAUGUAUCGUGUCCAUAUAGAUAUCUUGAUCGUGUCUCGCAGAAGCUAGAAGAAAAGAACUCGUAUUUUUUUAUAGAUCUGCAUCGAGACGAAUACGCGUGGGUUUUCUGAACAAAGAUGCAAAAAUCCCGAAGGAGAUGAAGCUUCAAAGAGAACCAGAGCCAGUACAACGUACAGAGUAAGUUGAACUGUAAAUCCUGACAAAAAAACAGCCUUAAAUUUUACACUCUUAUAAUUGCAGAGACGUAUAAGAUAAAAGAGGACGGCUGUACUACACCCUCGUUAUACUGAUGAUACAAUUACCCUCGUGAUACAAUUUACGAUACCUUUAUGCAAAACGGACAGGCUCAAGGCUCCUUCAUAUUAUGGCAUGCAGCGGCAUAGUUCUUAAGACUUUUUUAAACUUUCAAUAUUAAUAGUUGUAAAUCAUGUUAGUAUUUUAGUAUUCGGAUUUUAUAAAGUUAUAUGCAAAACCUUUACAAUUCAGCUUUUAAGCCUGUAAUACUAAGGUUGUAAUUUUAAUAACUGAACCAUCUAUCUAUUUCAUCUCUUUGACACUCAUACUUAUUCAUAAUGCCGGUAUAUUGCAGAACAGGAAUGAACACUCAAAUUACCUGAUUUCUAAAAUUAAGUCUACUAUAGGCGUAUAUUUAUAUUUAAAUAAAAAAGGCGUGUAUUUCUAGACAAUAUGCAAUAGAUCAGCAAUCUGCGAACGGGCAUAUCUGGGUACGAGAUAGUAAAAUAUCCAAACUGGCCAUUUUUCCCGGCACGGAUCACUGAUUAAGUAUUGGGGGAAAGGAACAUCCAUUGUUUCAUUCGAAACAUGGAGGUAGGAUCCGGAGCGGAAGACCAGCAAGGACAGCCGAAAAAUGGGGUGGGAGGGUGGGCGCCUUAAACCACGCGUCACAAAAUGAUAUUCCCAUCCCCACCCUCACCCCCACCCCUCCAUCCCACCAUGGCUAACGAUCUAAUCUCUUUACUCGAACACUUCUUCCCCGUGGCGAUCAGCACAAAACAAGCUGUAUUACAGAAAAUCCUACCUUUUAUGUAUUUCCCUUCAUUAAUUAUUCAAUAAACAUACCCCUAAUGCAUAUUUUAACACUUAAUUAGUUCCCGUGGAACAUUUUGCCAGUUUGAAUAGCAGGAUCAGUGGAAUUGCGCAUAGCAGCACGCAGACCACAUAGAUUUGACACCAGUGCUUUCAGUCACGAAACUGUUCUCUUUCCUGACCUUCAAAUCAUGCCAACCAUAAGACGUCACGUGAUAAAACACUCCUACGCGUGUUUUAAGUACUGUUUAAUAAAUGAGCAGGAGUGUUUUAUUAGGUUUAAAGCCACGAGCGCGCAGGGCGAGUGGCUUUAGACCUAAUAAAACACGACCUGCGAGUUUAUUAAACGGCUUCAAACACGACUACAAAUUCAAUAGAUUUACUGCCUUAUUAGUAUUCUUUAUAUAAGAAAUACUAAUGAGGACACGACUACAAUAGAUACUGCCUUAUUAGUAUUCUUUACAUAAAGAAUACUAAUUAGGAGUGUUUUAUCAGGUUUAAAGCCACUGCACGUGACAUAUUAUGGUUGACAUGAUUUGCCAAUAAGCUUAUGAAUUAUUAAUGAGUGUUUGAAGUACUAGUUAAAAUCAAUCAAUCAAUCAAUCAAUUUAUUGAGCACCAUUAUUUCAAAAAAAAAUAUUUACAUUAAAUAUUUGGAUCCUGAUAUGGGUGCAAGCUAGCAGCAGUAACCAUUAGGUUAAACGAGGCAGCUAGCUUAAUAAAUAAUAUAUUUCCAUUUCCAAUUAAUCUUAAUUAAAGCACAGAAGUAUAACUUGAAGGUCAAAAAUUGUUCAUAUAUAAAUAAGUAAUUCACUGUUACUAGUACCUUGCUUAUAACUAUUCAAAAGAAGAGAAAAAAACAAAAGGAAGAGAAAAAAAGAAAAUCUUGUUCAAAUAUAAUUGCAUGUAAUUAUUAAUUUGUAUUUUUAAUUUUCUUUUGUUAGUUUUGACAAUCAUUCUUUGUAUUUUUGCAGUAGGAAUUUUUUAACUUCAGCUUUGAAUUUUGAUGGUUUAAGUUUCUUUAUUUCAUCAUUAAUUUCAUUCCAUACCUUUACGCCCGAAAAGCGUAUAUUAAAUUUCCCAUAAUUUGUUUUUAUCUUUGGAAUAGAAUAAGUCAAUCUUGAAGCAAAUCUGGUAUUAUGAUUAUGUUUUUCUUUUACAGAAGUAAAAAAAGUAUGAAAUAUUUCUGGCAAGUUUCCAUUAUAGAAAUCAUGCAUAAAUGCUGCAUUCCAAUAGAAGACAAGAUCAUGCAUCUUCAAUAUAUUUAAUUUUAUAAAUAAAGGAUCUGUAUGGUCAUAAAAAUUUGAAAAGGUCAUUAAUCUAACUAUUUUUUCUGCAAAAUAAGCAAAGGAUCGAUAGAUGAAGCAUAUAUAGGCCGCAGUGUUUUAUCAGAUAUAAAGAUACGAGGCAAAGCCGAGUAUCUUCAGGUCUGAUAAAACACGCCACUGCGAAUGUUUUAAAUUGCUUCAAAAACAAUCAAAGUUAAAGUUUAUUUAAAUCAAGGGAAAUCUCUAUCACAUAUAAAGAUACAACACGCUUAUGAUUUUUCUUUGUGUUUUCCUCAUGAAUUAUUAUGGUUUUUGAAAUAGUACCUAAAAGACCGUUUGAAUGGACUUUAUACUAUUACCGGAAUCAAACUAAGCUAUAAUUCACUGACUUUGAAAUGCCAUUUUUAUGUCUAUUAAUUCCCGUGAUAAGAGCUUUAUGAAACAAAUCAUCGCGGUUAACCCGCGGCCUUGGCCAGCUCCAUAUGAACAGCUCCUCAGAAGGCCCAAUAACUAACGUAUUCAUAUAUAUUCAUAUAUAUUUCAGCUUAGAGAAAGAGGCACGUGCAAUGUACCGCAUGAUGAUGAACGAAGACAGGAUGAGCAACGACCUACACCGUCCAGAUAGCUUUGUUGAAGAUGACAACUGA